GCUGCUGAUCACCAUCAGUACUAUGAAGCUAAACACUUGAAAGUAUGUUCAGCCCAAGGAUUUGCGUUAUAUAUUGGAAUUGUCCUACCGGCGAUGUUUCUCCUGCUAUUCUCAACACUUUUCAUGGCCCUCUCUAUCAGAGCUGUUUGCAACUCACGACAUAGCGAGCAUAUCCCAAGUGAAACCGAUCCGGCUAGACGCCACACAGACAAGCUCAAGAGAAGGAUGAGGCUAUUUCUGUGUCUUUUGAUCAUGGCUACAUUGGGGUGGGGCUCUGCUCUUGUU